AUGCCACCAGCACCGGUGAAGCAGGGCAGGGAACUGCCGUCCAAGGAGUCGGCUACAUUCAAAGCCAUAUUGAAACUAUAUGAGCAUAAGCAAUACAAACGCGGUCUCAAAAUGGCGGACCAGAUUUUGAAGAAGUUUCCCGAGCAUGGAGAGACGCAAGCAAUGAAGGGACUGUUUCUCAGUCAUUUGAACCGGAAAGAGGAGGGAUACGAGUUUGUGAAGAAGGGGCUGAGGAAUGACUUGACAAGUCACACCUGUUGGCACGUGUACGGACUGAUGCACCGGGCGGAUAAGAACUAUGACGAGGCGAUCAAGUGCUACUUGAAUGCGUUGAAGUUUGACAAGGAAAACAUUCAGAUCAUUCGUGACUUGUCUCUCCUACAAAUGCAGAUGCGCAACUACGAGGGAUACAAUGAAACGAGACAUCAACUCCUCUCCCUUCGUCCGGCGAACCGAAUGUACUGGGUCGGAUUAGCGAUUUCCUACCACAUGCUGCAAAAGUACGACACGGCAUUGAACGUCCUGUCAGCUUUCGAGGAAACACUGAACGAGCAACCCGAGCAAGUCGUGGACUACGAGAACAGCGAGAUGCUAAUGUACAAGAACUUCAUCAUCGAAGAGUCUGGCGACAAUGAUAAGGCGCUUGCCCAUCUCGCGGAGAUCCGGUCUAAAGUCGUUGACAAGCGGGGGUGGAAGGAGGCAAAGGCUCGCCUGCUUUUGAAGAGUGGCAAGUUGCCACAGGCGGAGGUCGAGUACAGGCAGUUGUUGGACCUGAACGCGGAUUGCCAUGCGUACCUUGAUGGUCUGCUCGAGGCGAGGCAGUUGGGGACCGCGGUCGAGAAGAUGGACAAUAUCCAGAUUGAGAAGGCUCAGCGAUUGAUGAAGGAGCUGGGUGCCAAGUACCCCAAGUCGCAUGUCAUCCAACGGACGCCACUGAAGUUGGUCAAAGGUGACGCUUUCCGCCAACUCCUCGAUGCUUACCUCCGGCCCCUGAUCCGCAAGGGGGUCCCAUCCCUCUUCGUCUCGCUCAAAGACCUCUACGUCGAUGCCGAGAAGGCCGACAUCGUCGAACAGCUGGUCCUCGAUUACGAAAAGAAUUUGAAGUCCCACGACUCAUUCGAUGCCGCUGCGAAAAGCAAAUCGGAUACGGAAGCGGUAAAAGAACCCCCCACGGCGUACCUUUGGGUCGUAUACUUCCUUGCCCAACACUAUGACUGGAAAAGGGAUUCGUUGAAGGCUUUGGAGCUGAUUGAGACUGCGUUGAAGCAUACCCCUACGUUGGUUGAGUUAUUGAUGACGAAAGCGAGGAUUCUGAAGCACGGUGGAGACGUACAGGCCGCCAUGGAGGCCAUGAACCAAGCGCGCGAACUGGAUCUGCAGGACAGGUUCAUCAACUCUAAAUGCACAAAGUAUAUGUUGCGGAACGACCAAGUCGAGAAGGCCGGACAAACAAUCUCGCUGUUCACUCGGAGCGAGUCUACGGACCCACUAGGAGACCUGGUUGACAUGCAAUGCAUGUGGUUCGCCCUCGAAUCCGCUUCGAGCCACGUCCGAACAGGGAAAUACGGGCCAGCGCUGAAGCGAUUACAUCAGAUUGAUCAGCACUUCAGUGACAUAUAUGACGACCAGUUCGAUUUCCACUCAUACGCGCUCCGCAAAAUGACUCUCCGCGCGUACGUCGACCUCCUCCAUGUCGAAGACCGUCUCCGCGGCCACCCAUCCUUCUACCAAGCCGCGACCACCGCCGUGCAGGUGUACCUGCAACUCAUCGAUAAGCCCAAGAACGCCAACGGCAGCAACGACGCGGCCGGGGAAGGGUUGAGCGAAGCGGAGAGGAAGAAAGCGGAACGCAAGGCGCGAAAAGCCGCGCUGAAGACCGCUGCCAAGGCCGGUGACAGCGCACAGCCGGCGCAGCAGAAGGACAGCGCCACGCCCGAUGCGGCGGCGUCGAAGGACGCUGCUAAGGAUAAAGACCCUGAUGGUGCAAAAUACCUCGCUGCGACGGACUAUCUCGCCGAGGCCGAGGCGUUUGUCAAGCAUCUGCUGGCUAUGUCGCCGAGCAAGGUCGACGCGCAGAUUCUCGGUGUUGAGGUUUACUCGCGCAAGGGCAAGUUUUUGCUGGCCCUGAAAGCCCUCAAGCACGCGUAUGCCCUU